AUGGAAAUAGUGAAGAAUACAUCUUUUCCACUUAAACCACUUGUAAAUGGUACAUUGACUGAAGAAGCAAUUUUUUACGUCUAUGAAGCAUGGGUAAAACCGAUCACAUUGUCGUUUUAUCCUGAAAUUAUACUUUUCACGUUUCGUGCAAAUGCAUUUAAAAUGAUGGAACGUUAUCCACCUAUUGAAGUUGACGAUCUACGGCCACUCAAAUGUCAAAUGGCUAUACAAUGGGUAUUAGCAUGUCUGACACGUAUUUAUGCUCGUCAAGCUGCUUCAUAUUCGCAUGUUUUUGGUUUUCCACUUGAUUUUGAUGGAUGGGAAAAUGAAACGUUUUGUGAUCAUCAUGUCUGUCAUGCUGGUGAACUACCUUAUACAUUUGAAUCCGUAUGGGUUAAUUUUGCAGACGCUGGCAAACGUGUUGCAAUGAAACAAUUGAACGAUUCAUGGACAUUAUUUAAACGUAUUUUCAAGAAAGAAUAUGCAUCAAAAGAGGAAGAAAUUGUUCGACGAACAAUAUGGGAAAAAAAUCUUGCUAAGAUUCGUAAACACAAUCUCGAAUCCGAUAUGGGUCUUCAUAGUUACACAAUGGAAAUGAAUCGUUUCGGUGAUUUGACUCAUGAAGAAUUCAAGAAACAAAUGAAUGGAUUUAAGAUAAGUACCAAUGUUGAUCAAAGCAAAUAUGAUCGUCAUAUGUUUUUGGCACCAUCAAAUGUUGUUAUUCCAGAUCAAGUCGAUUGGCGUAAAGAAGGAUAUGUUACUCCUGUUAAAGAUCAAGGCCAAUGUGGAUCAUGUUGGGCUUUUUCAGCUACUGGUUCACUCGAAGGUCAGACCUUUGCUAAAACCAAAACACUUCCUUCACUCUCUGAACAACAAUUGGUCGAUUGUUCGAGCAAAUUUGGUAAUGAAGGCUGUGAUGGUGGAUUGAUGAAUAAUGCCUUCGAAUAUAUCAAACAAAACAACGGUAUAGAUUCAGAAAAGAGUUACCCAUAUCAAGCCUAUGAUGGAAAAUGUCGUUUCAAACCAGAAGAUGUUGCUGCCACAGAUAUUGGUUUUGUUUAUGUCAAGGAAAAAAAUGAAACUGACCUCACGAUUGCAAUUGCUACAGUCGGUCCUAUUUCAGUCGCUAUUGAUGCUUCGCAAGACUCAUUCCAAUUUUACUCGGGUGGCAUCUAUAAUGAACCAAUGUGCUCGUCGACUGACCUUGACCAUGGUGUGUUGGCUGUUGGAUAUGGUAGUGAGGGAAAGAAGCAUCCAACUGAUUAUUAUAUUGUAAAAAACUCAUGGGGUGAAGGAUGGGGUGAUGGUGGUUAUAUUUUAAUGCUUAGAAAUUCGAAUAAUCAAUGCGGUAUAGCCACUAUGGCUAGUUAUCCACUUGUUUAA